UCUCUCCCUUAGUGAAAUGGUCAACUUUAAAAAUAAAAUGUAUUUCUCUCUCCUCUACCUCUUAAGGCAGCAGUUCACCUCAACUGCCGUCUCCAUCCUUUUACUUGAUUUCUGCCUCUUCUCUCUUCAGCUAAAACCCCAACAUACUGAGGGCUCCUAAUGUUCUGGAAGUGUUAGAUGAUGUUUUCAAAAUGCCUGAAUCCUAGCCUGUAUAAAGCCAGAGCCUGCUCUUAUUGCUUGUGACUUCUUUAUGGCUGUAAUAUAGUACAUUGCAUUUCUGGCCCAGUGAUUGGAUUGAGUCUGUUCUUACCUCCCACACUCCUGGGCCUCUCUCCCUCCUCUUCACAGGUCCAUCAGCAAAGAUCAGUUUCAGAGGAAGAAGAAUGACACGCUCGACCCUGAAUGGCUUGUGGAAUGUACCGACUGCGGGCGUAAAAUGCACCAAAUCUGUGUCCUGCAUAAUGACACCAUAUGGCCGGCAGGCUUUGUAUGUGACAGCUGCCUUAAGAAGGCCAAUAAGACGCGGAAAGAGAACAAAUACGCGGCCAGAAGUAAGUGGAGGCUCCCCCAAACUAAGUUGGGCAGCUUCCUAGAGGGGCGAGUGAAUGACUACCUCAGGCGGCAGAACCAUCCAGAGUCUGGUGACGUCACUAUCCGUGUGGUCCAUGUCUCCGACAAGGUGGUGGAGGUCAAGCCAGGCAUGAAGUCCAGGUUUGUGGACACCGGGGAGAUGUCCGAGUCCUUUCCCUACAGAACGAAGGCGCUGUUUGCAUUCGAGGACAUAGACGGGGCUGACGUCUGCUUCUUCGGCAUGCAUGUGCAGGAGUACGGUUCAGACAGCCCUCCGCCCAACCAGAGACGAGUGUAUAUCUCUUACCUGGACAGCGUGCACUUCUUCCAACCUCGACACCUCCGCACAGGCGUCUACCAUGAGAUACUCAUAGGGUACCUGGAGUACGUCAAGAAGUUGGGGUUUACAACAGGGCACAUCUGGGCUUGUCCCCCAAGUGAAGGGGACGACUACAUCUUCCACUGUCAUCCUGUGGACCAGAAGAUCCCCAAGCCCAAGCGUCUACAGGAGUGGUACAAGAARAUGCUKGACAAGGCCGUAGCUGAGCGCAUUGUGCAUGACUACAAGGACGUCUUCAAGCAGGCCACAGAGGACCGUCUCACCAGUGCCAACGAGCUACCAUACUUUGAGGGGGACUUCUGGCCCAACGUGCUGGAGGAGAGCAUCAAGGAGCUGGAGCAGGAGGAGGAGGAGAGGAAGAGGGAGGAGAACAGCACCUCCAGCGAGAGCGUAGAUGUGAGUGCCCCGAAAAGUGACAGCAAGAAUGCCAAAAAGAAGAACAGUAAGAAGACGAGCAAGAACAAGAACAGCAGCCUGAUCCGAGCCAAUAAGAAGAAACCAGGGAUGCCCAAUGUGUCCAAUGACCUCUCCCAGAAGCUCUAUGCUUGUAUGGAGAAACACAAGGAGGUGUUCUUUGUGAUCCGUCUCAUCGCCGGCCCCACUGCCAACUCCCUGCCCCCCAUCACGGACCCGGACACCCUAAUGGCCUGCGACCUGAUGGAUGGGCGUGACGCCUUCCUGACGCUGGCCCGGGACAAGCACCUGGAGUUCUCCUCCCUGAGGAGAGCCAAGUGGAGCUCCAUGUGCAUGCUGGUGGAGCUACACAAUCAGAGCCAGGACCGCUUCGUCUACACCUGCAAUGAGUGCAAGGCAAGYGUGGAGACACGCUUCCACUGCACYGUCUGCGAGGACUACGACCUGUGUAUCACCUGCUAUAACACUAAGGGCCAUGAACACAAGAUGGAGAAGCUGGGCCUGGGCCUGGACGACGAGAGCAGCAACGCAGCGGCCGCUGCCACUCAGAGCCCCGGGGACUCCCGCCGCCUCAGCAUUCAGCGCUGCAUCCAGUCCCUGGUCCACGCCUGCCAAUGCCGCAAUGCCAACUGCUCCCUGCCGUCCUGCCAGAAGAUGAAGCGUGUGGUGCAGCACACCAAGGGAUGCAAGCGCAAGACCAACGGUGGCUGCCCCAUCUGCAAGCAACUCAUUGCCCUGUGCUGCUACCACGCCAAGCACUGCCAGGAGAACAAGUGCCCCGUACCCUUCUGCCUCAACAUCAAGCACAAGCUCCGCCAGCAGCAACUCCAGCACCGCCUCCAGCAGGCUCAGAUGCUUCGGAGAAGGAUGGCCAGCAUGCAGCGGGUGGGCCAGCCUGCCUGCGGUGGAGGAGGACCUCCUGGGGGGCUGCCAUCACCAGGUAACAAUGGUACCACAGCCCCUAGUACACCCACAUCAGGAGGCACCCAGCCCCCAACACCACAGACACCCACCCAGCCCAACAUGCCUCCUGGGCCCCAGCCAGGGAUGGGUGGUGGAGGAACUUUACUGCUGCAGCAGCAAGGUGGGAUGCCUCAGCAGCACCACCAGCUUCACCACCAGUUCCAGCAGAUGCCUGGAGGAGGGGGGAUGAUGAACUCCCCCCAGCAACAGCAGAUGGUUCCUCAGGUCCAGCAGCAGUCCCAGGCCUCAAACCCCCCACAGCUCCAGCAACACCCCAACAGCCUGCCCCCUUACACCAACAGGCCUCCAGGCUCCUCACCGCACCCUCAGUCCCAAGGAAAACCGGGCCUGGGACCAGCCACACCACCUCAGCAGCAACCACCACAACAGCAGCCCAACCCUGGCCAGCCUUCUAUGCAGCAGCAGCAACCUCCUUCAGGGCCUCCUCCAGCGGCUGUGGAGAUCGCCAUGAAGAUUCAACAAGUGGCAGACGCACAAAGGAAGAUGUCUCUGCAGAGGCAGGCGGCGCAGGCAGCUGGCAUGAUGCCUCCGCACCCUCACCACCAACAGCCCCAGGGCCAGAUGGGUAUGGCCCACCCUGGGGUGGGCAUGGUGGGGGCCCAGGGGCUGCCUCCCCAGGCUCAGGCGGCUCAGGCAGCCCAGGCAGCUCAGGCUGCUGCCAGGGCUCACAUGGAGCAGCAACAACAGCAGCAGCAGCAGCAGCAGCAGCAGGGUCCUCCAGGUAUGAUGGUGGGCACUGGCCCCAUGCAGCAGCAGCCCCAGCAGCCUAACCCCCAGGGYCAGCUGCCUCCACAGGUGCAGCAGCAGAGGGUUGGUCCCCCGCUUCAGAACCCCCAGCAACAGUGGGCUGGCCAGGGAAUGCCACCUCAGCAGAGGCAAGCCAUGAUGGGACAUCCAGGCAUGGUGGCGCCUCAGCAGCAACAACCGCAGCAAAUGCAACAGCGGCAGCAGGCUCAGGGACCUGGUGGGUUGAUUGGUAUGGUGCAGCAAGGUGGUGCAGCUGGGGGUGGGAACCUCCCGCAGGCUGCCCUUCAGGAACUGCUCCGUACCCUUCGCUCCCCCAGCUCACCCGAGCAGCAACAGCAGGUGCUCAACAUCCUCCGCUCAAACCCUCAGCUAAUGGCUGCCUUUAUCAAGCAGAGAGCCUCCAAGUAUAAGGGGGGCCCAGGACCCCCGGGAGCCCCUGGCGGGCCAGGUCCAGGCAGAGUUCCAGGAGGUAUGGGUGGCCAACAGGUCAAUGUGAAUGCUGUGGCUGGUCAGCCAGGUAUGCAUAUGGGUCAGGGAGUCAACAUGCCCACCAUGACCCAGCUACAGCAAGUACAGCAGCUACAACAGCAGCAGCAGCAACAACAGCAGCAGCAGCAACAACAACAACAACCGCAGCAGCAGCGUCCUAUGCUUAGUAGUUUGCAGCAGCAACAGGUGGCAGCACUUCAGCAUCAACAGCAGCAGCAUCAGCAAGGAGGGAUGCCAGGCCAGCAGGCACCUAACAUGGCCAACAUAAACCCCCAGUUCAGAGAGCUCCUUAUGAGGAGGCAUCUCCAACUACAACAGCAACAGCAACAACAGCAGCAGCAGCAGCAGCAGCAGCAGCAGCAGCAGCAGCAGCAGCAACAGAUUGGGAACCAUGCCCAGUUCCAGCAGCAGGGCUACAUUAGCCAGCCGGGCAUGGCCCCCCAGCAGCCUGGUCAGGGCCAGUCUGGACUGCAGCAGCAGCCUGGAGCCCAGCCAGGGCAGCAGCACCAGGGUUACCCCAGCACGGUGGCCCAGCAGCAGGCUGCUGCAGUGCUCCAGCAGAGGCUCCAGCAUCAGCACCAACUCCAGAUGCAGCAACAACACCAGAAUGCCAUGUCGGGCCACCAGGGGGCUGAGGGGGGUCCGGGUACUGGAGUAGGCGGCCCCCCUCAGCAGCCCCAGCCCCCGCAGGGCGCCCCCCAGCCGCAGUCCUCCCAGGCUCUGCUCCAGCAGGCACUGCACCAGAGGCUGCUUCAACAGCAGCAGCACCUGGGUGGGGGCUCUCCGGCCCAGCACAGCAGCCCCAUGAGCCCCCAGCAGCAGAUGGCCCAGUCCCCUCACCUUCAGGGCCAGACGCUGUCUACGUCCCUGUCUACGUCCCUCAGCAACCAAGUGCGCUCGCCCCAACCCUCCCCGCGACCCCAGUCCCAGCCACCACACUCUAGCCCCUCCCCGCGCAUGCAGCUCCAGCCUUCCCCUCACCAUAUCUCCCCACAGACCCAGACGGGCUCCCCGCACCCGGGCCAGCUACCCCAGCACCACCCUGGUAUGGUGGUCCCCUCUCAACAGCCGCCUCAGCAACAGAACUCAAUGGACCACUUUGGGUCAGACCAGAAUGCCAUGUUGUCUCAACUCAGUGGGAUGGGUGGUCUCCAUGGGCCUGGAGGACCUGACAUGCUGUCUGGGAACAGCCAGGACCUUGGGCAGAACAUUAAUCAUAACACUUUAGACAUGUAGCCUCGCCGUGCUUUCGGGACUGCACCUGGGACAGUGUUAGCCUUUUUUAUUUUAUUUUUACUAUUAAUAUUAUUUAAUGUUUUCAAUAAAAAAUACAUUGAAGUGAACUUCCUAUGGGAGAUGCAACUAUAAAUCAACAUGUCGAUUAAUWAA